CGUCCGAGGGUACGAAGAUGAAAUCUAUUUGAAAAUACAAGUCAACACGAGACUUAACAGGGGUUUUCGCCAUAGUCAACAAAUCGUGAAUAAAGACCGAUUUCUUCUCGGAAAGGAGACGAUGAGCUCCUGUUUUAAGAAACGACGGGAUCGAUUCGCUACCAGCUACGCACCGGUCUAGAUGGAUAAUCCCAUUCCCGGGUAUCGCUUUUCUCAUCUUUCACAUCGGAAAUGUUUUACUCGACUUUAAAUGAAAAUAAACGACACGUUAGAGAGGCACGAAUGAACUGUUGGCGGUGCUCCGUUUCGGGAAGCGCUGUACUUCCAAGACAUCACUGAGGUCGGACACCCCCCCUUCUUCCAGCUUCGGAAAACAGCCGAAUAGUUCCGGAAGUCCCCGAACGGCGGCGGCGGCCGCUCUCGGCUGGCUCCGGCCGAGAAAGAGGUCUGCGAGGAGAGGAGUGAGUCAGCUUUCCAAAUCUGUGCCGCCAGGCGCUGCGUGGCGAGUGGCGGUGGUGAUUUCCUGCCCGGCCGGGAGAUCGUGCGGACGCCUGCGUGGUGACAUCGGUCUUCGUUUUAAAGAAAAGCAGAACCUGUACGCCCUCACUGGAAGAUAGGCUGCGGACAGCGAGCACGGAACGGCGGAGAGAGCGCACCCAGCCCGGGGUACGGUCAGACCUGAGCCGCCGGGGAAGCGAGCGGAGUUGCCCGUUACCUCUGGCUGACCGAUCGCCGAGCUCCUCCGCUGUCGGAGGAUCAGCAGGGAAAAGGGGUCGUUUGUAGACCGAUCGGUGCCAGACGGGCUACGGUGGAUGUGAGGCUGAGCGGUGCAGAGGUCUGCAGCUGUACCAGGGCACGCAAGGCUAUCCUCCAGGGGGCAGCGUUCUAGCUACCACUGUAAGAAAGGGCUCCCCGAGAGGAGGGACACGGGGGCCGACGCCCCGCUGGACUCCGGAGCGACAGGGGCUCGGCGCGCAUGGCGGAGCUGGGGGCCGGGGAUCCCGGUCGCUGUCCCGCUGCCGUCGCGGGACCCGGGUGUGCCGCGCAGGGAUCUGAUCGGCGACAGCCCGGAUCUCUGCUGAGGCCCGAGCAAAUUAAGACAGAGCCCGACAGGCUGGAAUGGGACGGCCCGGGUCAGCACGCUGGCCCGCUGCUCCUCUGCGGCGUGGGACACCACCAGCUGGAGUUCGGACUCUCUUGCCCGCCCGUGAAAACGGAGCUGGACGCCCCAGAGUGGCAUCAGCCGGCGAAUCCCGGGAUAGAGGCGUUUGUUGGAAAGACUGAGGCUGUAAAGGAAGAGCCCUGGGGGCUCAAACACGAGCACGAGCCCCCCGUGUUCUGUGAGCUGAAGCCCGCCGACCCGCUGGCGCUGGAACACUACAAACUGGAGCCCGACAGCGGCGGGCCGGAGGGCGCAGCUGAACAGAAGGGGCUCAGCGUGUGGGAUCUGGGCGGGGUGAAGGGCGAGGGCCCCUCCGCGCCUGUUGGCCUCCAGCCCCCGGCCGCGGCCCCUUCGCCGCCGCCGCCCGGCCCCGUGGAGCCCGCCGCGGACAAGCGGAAACGGCGCCACGCCUGCCCCCAGUGCGGGAAGGACUUCUGCAGCGUCUACAGCCUCAAACGGCACCAGCAGCUGCACGCGCGGGUGGGGCGGGCCUGCUGCGGCAAGACCUUCCGGUCGGACGAGACCUUCGAGAAGCACCGGCUGUCCCACACCGUGGAGAGGCCCUACCGCUGCGAGCAGUGCGCCAAGGGCUUCCGCACGGCCCGGGACCUGAAAUCCCACGGCUGGCGCCACGCCACCCAGAAGCCCUACGCCUGCGAGCAGUGCGGCAAGAGCUUCGGCCUCGCCAACGAGUUCCGCAAGCACCAGCGCGUCCACACGGGCGAGCGGCCCUACCGCUGCGCCCACUGCGGCAGGGGCUUCGUGCAGUCCUCGGUGCUGAAGAACCACCAGCGCAUCCACACGGGGGAGAAGCCCUACCGCUGCGCCCGGUGCGGCGAGCGCUUCGGCUACACGGCCCAGCUCCGCCUGCACGAGCGCCUGCACACGGGCGAGCGCCCCCACUGCUGCGCCCAGUGCGGCAAGAGCUUCAGCCAGGCCAGUUCGCUCAAGUCGCACCAGCGCAUCCACACGGGCGAGCGGCCCUACUGCUGCGCCCAGUGCGGGAAGUGCUUCAACCAGCAGGCGCACCUGAGGAAGCACCAGCGCAUCCACACGGGCCAGCGGCCCUACGCCUGCCCGCAGUGCGGGAAGAGCUUCAACAGCUCGGGGCACCUCAAGCUGCACCUGCGCAUCCACACGGGGGAGAAGCCCUACUGCUGCGCCCAGUGCGGCAAGAGCUUCACCACGGCAGACAACCUGAAGAUCCACCGGCGCAUCCACACGGGCGAGCGGCCCUACUGCUGCCCGCUGUGCGGCAAGAGCUUCAGCACGGCGGACAACCUCAAGACCCACCGGCGCGUGCACACGGGCGAGCGGCCCUACGUCUGCCCGCAGUGCGGCAAGAGCUUCGUCACCUCGGACAACCUGAAGAUCCACCGGCGGGUGCACACGGGCGAGCGGCCCUACGUCUGCCCGCAGUGCGACACCCGCUUCAGCCACUCGGGGGCGCUGCGGAGCCACCAGCGCAUCCACACGGGGGAGCGGCCCUACUGCUGCCCGCACUGCGGGCGGAGCUUCACCCAGGGCACGCACCUGAAGAAGCACCUGCAGGUGCACGGGAGAAAGAGGCCGGAGGGGAACCCGGCACCGUCCUGAUUUUAGUUCCUCCCCUCCCCCCCACCUGCAGGGGAAAAAUGGAGGGCAGGCCCAGGACAGUUCCAGGGGUGUGGGGGGGGAUUGUGGUUUAGG